UAGUACAGGCAUCUCAUAUUCAAUAUUUACGUUCACAACUUUACAAUGGUUUGUAUCAGUUUCUAUUUAUCAAUUUGUUCAUUUGUUCUGUUAUACACAUGCCUAUGGAAUAGUUGUGGCGCUUUUCACUGCCGAAGUGCAAAUUCCAAUAAUUUGAAUGAUAUUUUACAAGUUCAUAUUGUUCCUCACUCGCAUGACGAUGUUGGCUUUAUAAAAACAGUUGAUCAGUAUUAUUAUGGAGCCAAUAAUAGCAUUCAAAGAGCUGGAGUGCAGUACAUUCUUGAUUCAGUUAUACCUGCUUUGGAAAGAAACCCUAAGAGACGAUUUAUUUAUGUGGAAAUGGCAUUUUUCAAAAGAUGGUGGAGGGAGCAAACAGAAGCAAUGCGAACGAGGGUGAAAGCGCUGGUUGACAAAGGACAGCUAGAGUUUGCAAACGGAGGAUGGUGCAUGAAUGAUGAAGGAACAACUCAUUAUUCUGCAAUUAUUGAUCAAAUGACACAUGGAUUGUGGUUUAUCAAUGAGACAUUUGGUAGUAAAGCUAGACCUAAAGUUGCUUGGCAUAUUGAUACAUUUGGUCAUUCUGCCGAACAAGCUUCAUUAUUUGCUCAAAUGUCGUUUCAAGGAUUCUUUUUUGCACGUCUUCAUUACGCAGAUAUGAAAAAACGAACGAAUGAACAAAAAAUGGAACUCAUUUGGCAAGGUAGCAGAAGUCUAGGGAACAUGUCAAAUAUUUUCACCGGUAUUUUAUAUCAUCAUUAUAGCCCACCAAAUGGAUUUUGUUUUGAUGUACUAUGCGAUGAUCCUCCAAUACAAGAUGACAAAAGACUGUUUGACGAAAACGUUAAAGAAAGAGUUCAGCUGUUUUUAAAUGAAACUUGUGAACAUGCAUUACAUUACAAAUCUGGUCAUGUUAUGUUGACCAUGGGUGAUGAUUUCAAUUAUCAGAAUGCUGAAAUGUGGUUUAAGAAUUUGGAUAAAUUGAUCAAAUAUGCUAAUCAGGAUGAUAGAGUCAAUGUGUUCUACUCGUCUCCUUCCAAUUACGUCAAUGCUAUUAAGGAUAUGAAGAACUUGGAUUUGAAAACUGAUGAUUUUUUUCCGUAUGCCACCUGUCCUCAUUGCUACUGGAGUGGAUACUUCACCAGUAGACCUGCUUUUAAAGGAUAUGUGAGGAGAAAUAAUAACUUUUUACAGGCGUGUAAACAACUUGAAGCCUUGGGCCAUUUUGAAGAUGCAAAGGUUACUUCUCAAGUGCUCCGCGAAGCAAUGGCCUUGGCUCAACAUCAUGAUGCAUUAACUGGGACAGAAAAGCAGCAUGUUGUUUAUGAUUAUGCAAAACGUCUGUCCAUCGGAGUCGACCAAUGUAAGAUUGUCAUGGAUCUUGUGCUAAGGAAAUUAACUCAAAAAAGUUCUUCCCAGCCCCAUCCAUUCUAUCGUUUUUGUGAUUACCUUAACAUCAGUGUGUGUCCGAACUCGGAAGGACGUCGGUCAUUUUCAAUUACAUUAUACAAUCCGAUCUCACGAUAUGUUGAUAGCAUUGUAAGAGUUCCCAUAUCUGGCCAUCAUGCCAUGGUUUUCCAUGAAAAUGGUUCGCAAAUUGUGUCAGCAGUAGAAAAAGUAUCAAACAGCACAAAGUUUGUUCGAGGCAAAACUGGCAACGCUUCGUAUGAAUUGAUCUUUCCAGCGAUAAAAUUGCCACCUCUUGGUUUGGCUGUCUAUCAAGUAGAGUUGACCAAAGAUGCCAUUGACGAAAAGUUCUUUUUUACCCUUGAAAAUUUAUAUGUUAUUGAAAACGACAAUCUCAGGUUAACAUUUUCGAAAAACAGUGGUCGGCUUGUUAAAAUUCAUAACUUGAAGUCGAAUAUAACUCUUGCGGCUGAUCAACAAUAUUUAUGGUACAAUUCCAGUGUUGGAAACAAUGUCAGUGAUCAAGCAUCUAAUGCUUAUAUCUUCAGACCAAACUCUCAAACAGCCUUUAAUAUCAGCGAUGAUAAUCGGGCACAAAUUACAAUCAAUCGAAACAAUAUUGUUCAAGAAAUUCAUCAAGUUUUCUCGCCUUGGGCUAGCCAAGUUGUUCGUUUAUAUGCAAAUAAACCAUUUGCAGAAUUCGAAUACACUAUUGGACCAAUCGAAAUGGAUAACGUCCUGGGGAAAGAAAUCAUUUGGAGGAUUGAUACGAGCUUAAAUACCAAUGGUAUUUUUUACACAGACUCCAAUGGUCGUGAAAUGCAAAAACGGAAACUUGAUUAUCGUCCAACGUGGUCAUACGAAGAUAAAGAACCUGUUGCAGGCAACUAUUAUCCCGUAAACAGCCGAGCUUUCAUUAAAGAUUCCUUCGGAAUUCAAUUGACUGUUUUAACCGAUCGAUCUGUUGGAGGCUCGAGCAUUCGAGAUGGUUCUUUAGAGUUGAUGGUUCAUCGCAGACUCCUUUACAGUGAUGGUACUGUUGAUGGCGAACCCUUAAACGAACCUGGUACAGACGGUCGUGGUUUAAUUAUUCGUGGAAAGUUUUUGGUUCUUCUUGAAACAACUAAAAACUCUGCCAGAUUACAUCGUAUGGUAGGCGAAGAAGAGUUUCUACGACCAUUGAUUGCUUUUUCGAAAAAUGUGGAAAGGAAGAAAAAAGGAAAAGCAAUUUAUGAGACUUUAACGCGACCACUACCCAGAAAUAUUAAUAUUUUGUCUUUAGAAAAUCUUGGUGAAAAAUUAAUAUUACGUCUUGAGCAUUUGUUUGCGCAAGGUGAAGACAGCGAACUGUCAAAACCUGUUUCCAUUUCACUCAAUGGACUGUUUAAAUAUUUUAAAAUUAUUUCCAUUAGCGAACUCAAUUUAAGUGCUGACAUUGUCAGGGGAGAACUUGACGAAGAUUUUAUUUCGGAAAUGUCUCCGACUGAUCAGAGUUUCCUCGUCACGUUAAAACCCAUGCAAAUAAAAACAUUUAGUAUAGAAGUUGAAUGGCAUGAGAAAAGAUCUCAUAAAGUUUUUAAAUGAACUUUUUAUAUUAAGAAAAAUUACCGAGUGUCUUGCGAUGAAUCAUCGCAGAUUCGCUGUCAAAAUUGGCUUCCGCGGCCAUUAAAUUUACCAAACUUACCAGAA